AUGCCUUCCAGCAGACCUAUGAAUGACACCCAAAUGACAGUCACCGGGAGUGAUCACGACGAUGUGGAAAAGCAUGAGCGAAAGGGACUUGUGGAGCCCCGUUAUAUGGGAACACUGGCUGAUCAGCGAGAUAUGAGUGCUCUUGGCAGAGUGCAGGUUCUUCGAAGAAACUUCCGAUUCAUCUCAAUUGUAGGGUUUGGUUGCACUCUGAUCUGUACAUGGGAAGUGAUUCUGACAUUGCUAUCCGCUGGAUUAUCCGAUGGCGGAACCGCAGGUCUGAUAUGGGGCUUUGUGGGUGUCUGUUUGGGGUUCUCCCUCGUCUACGCCAGCGUGGCUGAAAUGGCGUCGAUGGCACCCACCGCUGGAGGUCAGUAUCACUGGGUAUCAGAAUUUGCGCCCCGUCGGGGCCAAAAGUUUUUAAGUUAUAUAACAGGAUGGCUCUCUGCCAUGGGCUGGCAAUGUGCUAUUGUAUCAAUCGCAUACUUGGCGGGGACAAUCAUUCAAGGUCUCAUAGUCUUGAAUCAUCCCGACUAUGAUUUCCAACGAUGGCAUGGCACAAUGCUUGUCAUUGCUAUCUCGGCAUUCUCUAUUCUGUUUAACACUUUCCUCGCCAAGAAUCUCCCCUUUGUGGAAGGAUUAAUCUUGAUCAUCCACGUUCUCGGUAUCUUUGCUAUUAUAAUCCCUCUAUGGGUGCUAGCUCCGCGAAACAACGCCCGUGCGGUAUUCACCCAGUUCAACAAUGCCGGUGGAUGGGAUAACGCAGGAACUGCGACCAUGGUUGGGCUCUCGACUACCAUCACGUCCAUGCUCGGCUAUGACUGUUCCGUGCACAUGUCCGAGGAGAUUAAAGAUGCUUCGGAGACUCUCCCUAAGGCCAUGAUGUCCUCUGUGGUGGUCAACGGGGUUCUGGGAUUCGUCAUGUUGGUGACACUGUGCUUCACGCUUGGAGAGAUUGACCAGGUUUUGGACAGCCCUACUGGCUCGCCAUUCAUUCAGAUCUUUUACAACACAACCAGAAGUCUGACGGCCACGAAUGCCAUGACAGCAGUACUUGUUGUGACAUUGACCGCAAGCACAAUCACUGAGGUGGCCACAGCGUCACGACAGCUGUGGUCAUUUGCUCGCGAUGAAGGGAUUCCGUUUUCAUCGUUCUUCGCCUAUGUUACACCCGGAUGGAAUAUCCCUCUCAACUCAGUCAUGGUGUCUUUGGGUGUGACAACGCUCCUCUCAAUGGUCAAUAUUGGGUCCGAAGUAGCUUUAAAUGCUGUGAUUUCACUGACAAUCACCUCUUUGAUGUCCGCUUAUAUCGUGUCCAUCGGUUGUGUGCUGCUUAAGCGGCUCCGAGGCGAGGGCUUGCCACCUCACCGGUGGUCACUGGGCCGGUUUGGAAUGGCUGUCAACAUUGGGGCCCUGGUCUUUUUACUUCCAGUUUUUGUUUUCGCUUUCUUCCCCUGUCGACCUCUGUGA